AACACCAAGUCGCAUCAACAUUUCAACUGUAACCUCUCCCUUCUUAUUCCCACACUUCUCCAUUCUCUCCUCCGCGCUCAGGCCACGAUGGAAGUUGCUGCCGCGAAGCAACUCCUCCCGUCCAUGGCGCGGGACCCCAACUCCCCCUCCUCCUCCACCUCCUCGUCUUCCCCGUCCUCCGCCGCGGCCUCCCCGACGACGGCGGCCUCCCACCACCGGCUGCCUUCUUCUUCCCACUCCCAAGCACUCCCGCCUUCGCCCAGGCCUGUCACCGUCCCGCGUACCAUCGACACCACCCCGUUCCCCACCACGUUCGUCCAGGCCGACACCGCCUCCUUCAAGCAGGUCGUCCAGAUGCUCACCGGCUCCGACACGCCGUCGUCGACCCAGAGCCAGAGGCCGCCGGCCAAGAGCCACCACCAGCACGGUGGUGGUGGCGGGCAAGCCGGUGGUGUCGCCUCCUGCCGGCCCAAGAAGCCGGCGUUCAAGCUGUACGAGCGCCGGAGCGUCCACAAGAACCUGAAGAUGAUCGCGCCGCUCGCGAUGGCGGCGGCCGCGGCGGCGGGGGCGUCGCCGAGGAAGGCGGCGCAGGAGGUGCUGUCGCCGAGCGUGCUCGACUUCCCGUCCCUGGCGCUCAGCCCUGUCACGCCGCUGGUGGCCGACCCCUUCAACCGGUCCCCGGCGUCGGCGUCGGCGUCGGCUUCACCGGCGGAGGAGGAGGCGGCGGCCAUCGCGCAGAAGGGGUUCUUCCUGCACCCGUCGCCGAGGAGCGCCGAGCCGCCGCGGCUCCUGCCGCUCUUCCCCGUCACGUCCCCGAGGGUUGCCACCGCCGCCGCCUCGCCGGCGUUGCAGUGAUCAGCCUACGCACGUCGCCGCUGCUAGAUUAAUUAUAUAUGAGCACUGCUCCGCAGUAUGUAUUGUUCGUACUCGUUCUUGGUGCUUGCUGUAAUUUUUUCUCACUUCAUUGAGCGAUUGCUCGCCAAGAAACAACGGAAAGAAACAAUCUUUGAGUUCUAGCUGUGCCUAAUUCAGCCUCUGUUUACGCCACUAAUUCUGCUGAUUAAUUUCAUUUGG